AUGACUAAGAACACAAGUGGUGAAAAAGUUGAUACAAAUCUGUACCGAAGCAUAAUUGGGAGCUUACUCUAUCUAACAGCCAGCAGAUCGGAUAUAGCCUUCGCAGUAGGAGUUUAUGCUCGGUAUCAGGCUGACUCGCGCACGUCACAUCUUCACUGUGCAAAACGAAUACUCAAAUAUAUAUCAGGUACAUUUAACUAUGGAAUUUGGUAUACUUAUGACACAACUGGUACUCUUGUUGGCUACUGUGAUUCAGACUGGGCAGGGUGCACAGAUGAUAGGAAGAGCACAUAUGGAGGGUGCUUCUUCUUAGGAAAUAAUGUAGCUGCUUGGUUCAGGAAGAAACAAAAUAGUGUCUCCCUCUCAACAGCCGAAGCUGAAUACAUUGCUGUAGAGAGUAGCUGCUCUCAACUGUUGUGGAUGAAACAAAUGCUUGAUGAAUAUGGGAUAACUCAGUCAUCCAUGAUUCUCUACUGUGAUAAUCUAAGCGCAAUAAGCAUCUCCAAAAAUCCACUAACAGACAUAUUCACCAAGCCUCUGGAUGUUGCAACAUUUGAAGGACUGAGGGCCAGUGUUGGAAUUCUCCAACGUCCUGCCUAUAUUAAUGCUUCUUACUCAGAAUGGUUAAAACUCGAUUCAAGAAGUAUUCAUCUGGUAUCUCCUCCUCCAAAAACCCUUCAGCUUCUUGCAGUUCAGAAGCAAUGGAUCCCACAGCUCCGAAGUCGACAACUUCCUCGAAAGGGAAACGGUAGAAAGGAAUUCCGACUAAGCAUCCGUAUAAGAAGGUAUGCAAGUCCAUUCCGUCGAAUGGGUAUAAGUGCUCGUCCUUCUGUAUCUUCGUCAGUACCAAAGUCGUCCUCGAGGCCUGAACCAAGGGUUUCUGUGGAAACUGUGGUAUUAGACUCUGACUCAUCAGACAGUGAUGACAAUGCCUCUCCCAAGACGGCUCCACCCUGUGAAGCGGAGGAUGAUGAUGAUGAUUUUGAUGAUGAAGACUAUGCUCCAGGAACGAAAGAAAAGACAGAACCGGAAGCCACGUCCACAUCAACUGAAAACCAGAGUGCAUCUCCUGAAAAGGACCCAUCCGAUCACCGAUCAAAUGAAGAACCGGGUGAGUCCUCCAUCUCUAGGUCAACUGAAGGACCAAGUGAGUUUUCGACUCCUAUGUCCACACCAGCGCAUAUGGCAUCCUCCUCUGGUUUUCGGCGCCCACCUACUAAAGGACAGCAAGUUGUUUCCACCAAGGCUGGAAGGCGAAAGGUACCCCCCAAUGUGUCGUCCCUACCAAUUGAUGGAGUAUCUUUUCACUCUAAGGAAGGAGCACACAAAUGGAAAUAUGUGGUUAAACAGCGAAUUACGGAUGAGGCUAAUAUUGCUGAUCAAUACAACUUUUUCCCUGCCAUACUAGGAUUGAUACGCAAUGCCGGACUUAUUCGUACUGUCUUUGAGGUUGGUCCGUUUUAUCCGCGACUCAUGAGGGAGCUGAUUAUGAACUUACCUUCAGACUUCAAUGAUCCAAGUGUCGACGAGUAUCAAAAGGUACAUAUUCGUGGUGUGUGCUUCAACGUGUCUCGUGAACUUUUGAACUCUUAUCUGGAUAUCACUCUGCCUGCUGACUAUGAAGCUUCGUAUCCCACUCCUGAACGACUGGCUGAGGAACUUACCGGUGGAACAGUCCCAGUGUGGCCAGUUGAUGGGCAGUUACCAGUUGCCUCCCUAACGGUUAAGUAUUCAAUUCUUCAUCGAAUUGGGAUCUCUAAUUGGAUUCCGUCUACGCAUGCCUCCACUAUUUCGACAUCGCUGGGUCACUUUUUCUACCUUAUGGGCACUGGGCAGUCAACCAUUCUGACUCCUCUGGAUACUGUUGGUUCAGCACCUCGGGUUAUACCACUCAAUAUGCGGCUAUUUCAAGGGGCUCAUUUUCCUGAUGUUGCUGCUGAGUUUGACAAUGCUCAAGGCGGAACCAGUACUCCUACUGCCUCGCAACCUACGGUUGGCCAUCCUGUGACUCUCUCUAUGUCACUUACCAAUCGGCUGCUGCAAGCUCUUAUUGCUGUAUCUCGCGCUCUGACCCGUCAAAUAAGUGAGCUAACCAAUCGUCGUACCAUAUUGGAUGCUGUCAUCCGUGACCUCCAACGUGCAGCUUCUGUAACUACCUCUCCAUCUGAUUAA